GUCUUCUUCUCCUUUUUCAACCCAAUUCCCCACCCCUGUGAAUGAAGAAGACGACACUGUUCUAAUCGCAACUCCGCUUUCAUACUUUCAUAUGUUCAAAUGAAGCUUCCAUACAUUUUGCUGAUUUAAGAAGGAGUCUUUAGCUGCUCAUAACAUCUGAUACCAACUCAACUUUGUCUUCUUCACAUCGAUCUCUUCCAGGUUCAGGCAAAUGGAAUCAUCCGCUUCGCUGAGCCGACUCAGAGCCUCCGCCAACUCGUUCCUGGCUCAGUACGAGCCGCUCGUUCUGCUUCUCGUUCCACUGGUAUCUCUCCUCGUCGCUCGGAUUCUCCGAUCCUUCCUCGAUUCUGUCCAUGAACGAGGCCUCAAACCUUCCAUUGUCGGCUUCAUCAUGACCUUAGUCAAGUUGGUGCCCGGUGUGAAGAAGUUGAUUGAUUCAGAGAAACAAAAGGCUGUAGAAAAGAUGCAAGCUUCUGGCAAAUCUAGAGAUGGAUGGAGAGAUGAUUUGCCAACAGCAGGUUUAGGAGAUGGUGUCAUCAAAACAAUGAGAGAUGUGAAAGAAAAAGAUGUGCUCUGGCAGGGCAAAUGUUCUGGUACAGUAUAUAUUGCAGGAAGUGAGAAUGAAGGGCAUUUUUCUUUAAUAAACGAAGCAUGUUCUAUGUUUGCACAUACCAACCCACUACACAUGGAUAUAUUCCCAAGUGUUGUAAGAUUUGAGGCUGAAGUUGUUGCAAUGACGGCUGCACUCUUUGGAAGCAAGGAAGAAGCUUCUGGAGGACAAAUAUGCGGGAACAUGACAUCAGGAGGGACUGAGAGUAUAUUGUUAGCAGUUAAGUCAUCACGUGAUUAUAUGAGAGCUAAAAAGGGAAUCACCAAACCAGAAAUGAUAAUCCCGGUUUCUGCUCACUCAGCAUAUGACAAAGCUGCAGAGUACUUUAAGAUCAAGUUGUGGCGUGUUCCCGUUGAUAAAGAAUUUAGAGCAGAUGUGAAAGCUAUUAAGAAACAUAUAAACAAAAACACAAUAAUGAUUGUUGGAUCAGCACCUGGCUUCCCACAUGGAGUAAUUGAUCCAAUUGAGGAGUUGGGCGAAUUAGCUUCUAGUUUAAGAAUUUGUUGCCAUGUUGACCUCUGUCUAGGUGGAUUUGUUUUGCCUUUUGCUCGUAAACUCGGGUACCCGGUUCCACCAUUUGAUUUCACUGUUCAAGGAGUAACCUCAAUAUCUGUAGAUGUACACAAGUAUGGAUUGGCUCCUAAGGGAACAAGUGUUGUUUUAUAUAGAAAUCACGACAUUCGGAAGCAUCAAUUUGUUGCUGUUACUGAAUGGACUGGCGGGCUGUAUGUCUCUCCCACCAUUGCUGGGAGCAGGCCUGGAGGUCUAAUUGCUGGAGCUUGGGCAGCGAUGAUGUCUGUUGGACUUUAUGGUUACCUCAAGAACACCAAGGCAAUCAUGGAAGCUUCUAAGGAAAUAGAGAAAGGAAUUCAAGAGAUUCCAGAACUGUUUGUCAUAGGAAAGCCUGAUAUGAGUAUUAUCGCAUUUGGAUCUGAAGUUGUAGACAUAUUUGAAGUCAAUGAUAUUUUGUCAUCUAAAGGGUGGCAUUUGAAUGCGUUGCAAAGACCUAAUAGCAUUCAUAUUUGUGUCACACUUCAACACACAUCAGUUGCUCAAGACUUUGUGAGGGACGUGAAAGAUGCUGUGCAGACCGUGAAAAAAAAUCCAGGCCCUAUGACGGGAGGGCUUGCGCCGCUAUAUGGUGCUGCUGGGAGGAUACCAGAUCGAGUUAUGGUGAAGGAUCUGUUGAUAGAUUACAUGGAUGGCCAAUGUUAGUGUCUCUUCUCUGCGUUACUCCAUGAUUCAUGUUCUUAUUUCUGCAAACAUUUAUAACACACACACACACAAAGUUCUCAAUUGUUGAUGAUGGAUUGAUGAUUGUAAAAUAUUGACAAUGAAAGUUUGAUAAACAAUGUAAAAUUUGUAAGUAAGCAAUAAAAUGAAUAAAGAUAACAUGGAUAGAAGAUGUUGCUGCUGCUACUUUGUAUAUUGGGUCUCAAGAAUGAUCUGUGUUUUUCCGUUAGUGGUUUUGGUCUAUGCCAAAGAAACUAUAGGAUAUCAA